AUGACCUCCGAAGAAGACGAGAAGUCAGAUGCCAGAUCAAUAACUUCAGAUCUUGAAAGCGAAUCAACAAUCAAUGAGCCAAUUCAAUUCGAGAGAGUUCUUGAAAGUUUAAAAACGGGAGCGAAAGAUGCUAUUGCGGAAAAGGAUUACUUGUCGUACAGCACUUUACUAGAUAUCCAAUUACAUGACCCAUCUCGCUACACCUACGAUGAGAGAGAACAACUCAUAGGUAGUCUAUUGGAAGUUUUGCAGCUGAAUGACACCUUGGUUUACGAAAUAGGAUGGGACAUUCCAAGUAUUAUCAUACCUUAUAUUGAAUCGGACUUUGAAUUCAACUCCGGGAUCAGAGAUGCGCCUUGUGUAUACAAAAUUUUAAAAAUAUUCGAGGUCUUAGCAACCCACGGGAACCCAAAAGAGUUAUUCUUGAAGAGUUGCGAAUUGUUGGGGACUUUAACUUUAAGUGAUGAUUCAAGUAUUGAUUUUACCCAUAAGGAAAACUUUUUUGAAAUUAAAAUGUACAAUAUCAAUGAAUUGAUGGCCACUUGUUUGAGGAAGAUACCAACAUUGUACCCAUCUAGACUCCUUGCCAUGACUGUGGGAUCAUAUGUUAACUUGAUGUAUAACUUGCAACAGGUUUCAAUUUCUCGAUCAACUUACCAAUUUGUAUUGAAAAGAGCAUACAGCUUUGUUAGAAAUUAUGACCGUGCUCCAAAACCGGAAAAUGUCGAUUACACAGAAUCUGAGUUAUCAAAAAUUCAAAACGAUGAAGACUACUUGAUUAGAAAAUUGUUGACUGGAUUCAUUACCAAUAUGAUAUACAUGGGUACAAGGGCCUACACUUCGUUUUUUUCGAUGCGUCAUUUCUACUAUUUGCAACGGGAUUCAGGUAAGAUUCUUGAAGGCCAAGAACCACCCGACACUGCUAUUUUUGAUAGAUUUUACGAAUUGGCUUAUCUGUUUGAUUUGUAUUUAAGCAACUUUUUUGAUAAGUUUGUGCAGGAGUCCAAGAAGUUUAUAUACGGGAUCAAGCACAACGGUGAUGACUUCACUGACUUGUUGUUUGAAAAAUGUGUCAUUGAUUAUCAAUCAAAUUUGUUGACGAGUAUUGUGGAUAGUGAUGCCAAGUCUGUCAAUGACUCACCGCUAGGAGAAAUUAUUUUAUUCACACAAUUUAAAGCCGUUAGCCAUGCAUUUGAUACUCCUUUAAUCAAACUUAGUGAUGCCAUUAGCAUUGCGUUGCGAUUGCUUAUCCCGCAAAUGAUUCAAAAAACUUUUGUACAUAGGGGAUUACAGGAUUUGGUAUUGUUCUGGAUCUGGUAUGCUUUACAACAAAACGAUCUCAAAACUGAUCCCAAUUAUGAUGCAAAGAUAGAUUUGACAUCGGUAUCACAAGAGUACUUGCCUAUAUUUUUUCAAUGUUUGAUAUUCGUGUUUCAUCAUAGCGAAGUGCCAAGAUUUAGAUAUAUGAUGUUGACUUUGUUGACAAAAUUGUUGAUUGCGACCCCAGAAUCAGUUGGUUAUGAUUUUAUCAAGGAUACUGUUGAAAAUUGUCCAUUUGAGGUGAUACGACCAGCUUUAAUUGGUAUUUAUAAGGAGCUUUUGUUGAACCUGAGAACUGGCAUCAAUGAUGUUGAUCUUGACUUAAAGAGAGUGUCCCUCAAGGAUGAAAAUGGAGCUACAAAGGCUCCUGAGUUGCCACCUAGAAGGGUAAAGACUACAACAUAUUAUGCCUUGACAGAAGAGAAGUUCAAUGAUAUUCUUGAAUGGGUCCUUCUAGCUCAGUCAAAUACCUUCAUUGAGAAUGAAGGGGAAACUAAAAUAGAUCCAACAAAACUCUCAACAUUGGCAUCGGUUUUGAAUUUGCUUGUUGCAUUAAAGAAACAUGAGGCUGUUUCUGCAAACAAGGACAAAUUGGAAGUAGUCUUGAGGGGUGUCGACAGGAACAUCGAAUUCAUCACCAAGAAUGGUCUGAACCAGUUUGAAAAGAAUGCUGCUGGUAUGUUGGGACUCACAAUUGAAAGAAUAAGAGAAUAA